CCAGAACUCCAUUUCCCAUCGUGCCUCACGACGCGGUAGCCGUGCUCCGCCAAGAACUUCAGGAGGCGGGCUUCUGAGCGACGGCUGCGGGAGCCAAGGCUGAGCGGAAGCCGAUGCUGAGUGUGCAGCUGGUCCGUCGCCUGUUCUCUAUGGCCGGCCGCGUCUGUCUGUCCCGGAGCAGCGCCGGGUUAGGGACUGCCGGUCCCGUCGAGGCAGCCAUUCGCACGAAGUUAGAGCAGGCCCUGAACCCCGAGGUGCUGGAGCUGCGCAACGAGAGCGGCGGCCAUGCGGUGCCCCAAGGCAGCGAGACGCACUUCCGCGUGGCGGUGGUGAGCUCUCGCUUUGAGGGACUGAGCCCCCUGCAGCGGCACCGGCUGGUCCACGCCGCCCUGUCUGAGGAGCUGGCCGGGCCGGUCCACGCCCUGGCCAUACAGGCACGGACCCCCGCCCAGUGGAAGGAGAACCCUCAAUUGGACACAAGCCCCCCUUGCCUGGGUGGGAGCAAGAAAACUCGCGGAACCCCCUGAGCUCCCAGAGAGGGGAGACCAGAAUCCUGAUGAUUUGGUAAUAAACUACGGGCUUUCUUCCCUUCAGUACCGUCUGGUGUUUGUAAGGGAGGAGGCUCCUUGGUCCCCAUUCAGCCAGCACAUACAUCUCCAGAGAUAGCAGCUCCUUUCAGAUCAAAGCUUGUCCAAGGGAAGAGUAGAAUCAUCACCACUGCCCUUGCCCUGGACUAUUUAGGAAAAGCCGCUGAGUCGGUUUAAGUUCAAUUGUGACUAAGGAACCAUCAGAUCUGAUGAGUUGGAAAUAAUCCUGUACAUUAAAAGAUAAAUCAUCAUAGUA